AUGGCUGGCUGGAGUCGUAUGAUGACUUACCGAUCCAUCAAGCGAGUCUCCAAGGCAGUUGAUAUGAAAGUUCUAGGCUCUCUUAGCAGAGACGAUUUUGAAGAAAAUUUUGUGGUCAAAUGGCUGAAUAAACUACUGAGCAAGAUGUGGCCUUAUAUUGCAGAGGCAGCAACCAUGGUAGUAAGAUAUUCUGUUGAACCUCUUCUUGAAGAUUACAGACCACCAGGAAUUACUUCCCUCAAGUUCAGCAAAUUGACCUUGGGUAACAAAGCACCAAAGAUUGAAUGUAAAAUAAGGUAUUCGUGUUCAAAGUUUCAAGGAAGAUUGAGUAUCUCUACAAACACUUGUUUCUGGCUGAAACAGUUGAAGGAUCUUCAAGUUUUCACAGUUGCACGUGUUAUCUUUCAACUUGCGGAUGAGAUUCCUCGUAUAUCUGCUGUUGUUGUUGCUCUACUGGCUGAGCCAAAACCAAGAAUUGAUUACACUCUGAAGGCUGUCCGUGGAAGCUUAACAGCAAUUCCUGGACUAUCUGCUAUGAUUGAUGACACUGUUGAUACUAUCGUUAUAGACAUGCUUCAGUGGCCUCAUAGAAUUGUUUUCCCCAUUGGUGGUAUACCUGUUGAUUUAAGUGAUUUUGAGCUUAAGCCACAGAGGAAGCUUAUAUAUAAAACAAAGGCAAUCGAGAACAAUCUGAAUCCUGUCUGGGAUCAAACAUUCGAAUUGAUUGUAGAGGACAAAGAAACCCAGUCGCUCACUGUAGAGGUAUUUGAUAAAGACGUAGGCCAAGAUGAGCGUCUUGGACUUGUGAAACUUCCCUUAAGUAGUUUGGAAGCCGGAGUUACAAAAGAACUGGAGCUAAAUCUGAGCAAGAUGUGGCCUUAUAUUGCAGAGACCAUCUUUCGGCCUAAUGGUGCUCAUCGCUGUCACAACUACAUGAAGUACCCAAACAUCAUGAAACUAGGCGAAGCUGCGAUUCUUCACUACACUUACUCGAAAUUUUCAGAUCUUACUGCAAGACGUGAUCGAUGUUGCUGCAAACCAAAAGAAGAGGAUGUCAAGAUAUGUUUCAUGCUAGACUUUGACAGAGCCAUAAGCCCGAGGAACAAGAAGUUUCAACAAGGGCUUAUGUCAAAUGCUACAGUUAAAUCUGUACCUUUCUCUAUCAACAACAGCAAGGGAAAGGAACUCAAGAUAGUAGGAGCAGCUAUGGGAAGUGAUAGUGAUAGAGAUGAAAUUGAGGCAAUGACGGUUCAAGAACUUAAGAGUCACAUUGAGGCAAGUCUAUACUCUUUUCGUUUCUCUUGCUGCUUUGUUAUUGUUUCUGUGGACAUCCAGAUUCUUGACGCAAACAAGAACUUAUCUCAACUUUACGACUUCAUAUGGACAGCAAUUUUACCUGCUUAUGGCAUUGAAAACAGAGAGAAAAGAGUAAAACAGUCUACUGAGAAAAACUUGAAAGCUAAAGUAGUUUCUUCAAAAGAUAUCUCAAAAGAAUGGAAGAAUAUAAAACCACUCAGAGUUAGAUAUGGUACUGGUCUAUCUGGAUCAGAUCAUGACAUGGAAGGGCGUAUGGUAACUGCUGAAUUCGACUCCUUCUACUUGAUAAGUACUUAUGUCCCUAAUUCUGUAGAUGGCUUAAAAGGACUGGUACUCCUCAAAUUAAAUGCGAUCGAAGAUUGGGAUCGAACCCUUAGCAAUCACAUCAAAGAUCUGGAGAAGUCUAAGCCUGUAGUCUUGACUGGUGAUCUAAAUUGUGCUCAUGAAGAGAUUGAUAUCUUCAAUCCCGCGGAAGCAGCAUAUCUGGUGUUGUCGGUUACACUUAUUAGGGUUAUCGCCAUGGUGGCCGCAAAACCAACAAAGGAUACCAUUCAAAAGAAUAUAUAAGUGAAGCAAGCAUGAGAGGUGCAAUUCUCAAAGCCAAUGAUAUUCCUGGGCAUAUUCUUAGUCCAGCUCCAAACAAUAUCAUCUCGAAAUUUUUACCUAUCGUCUCAAUGCCUCGUCCCAAGAAUCUCUAUGGCUUGAACCGUUCCGCGUUUUCCCAAAUGAUCGAGUCUCUUUCUAUAGCCCAAUUGUUCACAAGAAUCUGAGUAUUUUCAGGAAUGGGAUACCCUAAAAUCUCUAUGUUUGACUCAAAUUUAUGCGGGAUGAGAAAUAGACUUGGUGGGUGCAAAAGGAGGGUCUCUGUUACAACAGCUCACUACAAGAAUAUUGAUCUUUUGUAGCGUUCGAAUAACGCUAUCUAACUAUACUAUAGCGUUUUAACAAGCGCUCUAUCAUCGUCCGUCAUAGUAGGUCGAAGACGUAAUAUAGCGGAUUUUCUUUGUGCUAUUGUACUGUUAGUUAUUAUAGCGCAUUCUUUGCUGAAAUAUUAGAUUUUACAAUAGCAUUUCAAUUUUGUUAUUAAUGAUAUUAUUCAAUGC